GGGGAGGCUCCGACGUCUCCUUCCUUCCUGGUUCCUGCAGCAGCUGCUGCCACUGCUAGGCUCCGUGAGGAGGGAGCGGGCGACUCGGAGACGGUGACUCAGAGGCGGAGAGGCGCGCGCGGGCCAAGGAGCACUGGCGUCCAUGGACCCUGGGGGUCCCCUCAGGACAAGGUGACAUCCUUCUCCUUCCACCCUGCUCUACCUUCUCAGCAGGGAGUGGCUGCUCCCAUCUCCAUGGACUUCCAGGAGAGGGUCCCUAACUCCUUGGCCGAGAGCAUUCAGUCUACAAAGCCCAGCAGUGCCCUGCAGGCCUCUGAGCUGUGGGAGGUAGAGGAGGAGCCUCGGGGCAGGCUGGGAGCAGAGGGUAUCAUGCCCGAGAGGCAGGAAGGCCACCUGCUCAAGAAAAGGAAGUGGCCUCUGAAGGGCUGGCACAAGAGAUACUUUGUGCUCGAGGACGGAGUCCUUCACUAUGCAACGACGCGGCAAGAGAUCACCAAGGGGAAGCUUCAUGGCUCCAUUGACGUCCGACUGUCUGUUAUGUCCAUCAACAAAAAGGCCCAGCGCAUUGACCUUGACACUGAAGACAACAUCUACCACCUCAAGAUCAAAUCCCAGGACCUCUUCCAGAGCUGGGUGGCCCAGCUUCGUGCCCACCGCCUAGCCCAGCGCCUAGACAUGCCCCGAGGCUCGCUGCCCAGCACCACUCACCGGAAGGCUCCUGGUGCCCAGCUUCCAGCAGCAGGCAGUGCUUCGGCUCUCCCUGGGGUCGGACCUCGGGAGAAGGUGUCUUCCUGGCUGAGGGACAGUGAUGGGCUAGACCGCUGCUCUCAUGAGCUCUCUGAGUGUCAGGGGAAGCUCCAGGAACUACACAGACUCCUCCAGAGCCUGGAGUCCCUGCACCGGAUCCCCUCGGCCCCUGUUAUCCCCACGCACCAGGCCUCAGUGACAACUGAGAGACCCAAGAAGGGGAAACGGACUAGCCGCAUGUGGUGCACACAGAGUUUCGCCAAGGACGACACCAUCGGACGGGUUGGUCGUCUCCACGGCUCUGUUCCCAACCUGUCUCGCUACCUGGAGUCCCGGGACCCCUCAGGCCCCCGCGGGCUGCCACCUCCAGACUAUGCCCACCUGCAGCGUACUUUCUGGGCCCUGGCCCAGAAGGUGCACAAUUCCCUCAGCAGUGUCCUGGCUGCCCUCACCGCUGAAUGGGACCGACUGCGGGACCUGCACCAGGGUUCAGAGCUGUCGCGGAUGGGGGUCUCUGAGGCCUCAGCUGGCCCGAGGCGCCUCCACUCGCUCUCCGUCUCCUCGGACACCACUGCAGACUCCUUCAGCUCCCUCAACCCUGAGGAGCAAGAAGCCCUGUACAUGAAGGGGCGGGGGCUGACCCCCCAGCUGUCCCAGAGCAGCGUCCUGUCCCUUGCUGAUUCCCACACAGAGUUCUUUGAUGCCUGUGAGGUUCUCCUCUCUGCCAGCUCUUCUGAGAAUGAGGGCUCAGAGGAGGAGGAGUCGUGCACCAGUGAAAUCACCACCAGCCUGUCUGAGGAGGUGCUGGACCUCAGGGGAGCUGAGUGCUACCAGAAAGGGGCGUGUGUUCCAGGGAGAGCUGCGGGGCCACCCCGUCGCCGCUGCCUGCCGGCGGCCAGCGGGCCAGGGGCUGACGUGAGCUUGUGGAACAUACUUCGGAACAACAUCGGCAAGGACCUGUCCAAGGUGUCCAUGCCUGUGCAGCUCAACGAGCCGCUCAACACUCUGCAGCGGCUCUGCGAGGAGCUGGAGUACAGUAGCCUCCUGGACCAGGCCAGCCGCGUGGCGGACCCCUGCGAGCGCAUGGUGUACAUCGCGGCCUUUGCCGUCUCUGCCUACUCGUCCACGUACCACCGAGCAGGCUGUAAGCCCUUCAACCCCGUCCUGGGGGAGACCUACGAGUGUGAGCGGCCUGACCGAGGCUUCCGCUUCAUCAGUGAGCAGGUCUCCCACCACCCUCCCAUCUCGGCAUGCCAUGCGGAGUCUGAGAACUUCAUCUUCUGGCAAGACAUGAAGUGGAAGAACAAGUUUUGGGGCAAAUCCCUGGAGAUUGUGCCUGUGGGGACCGUCAAUGUCAGCCUGCCCAGAUUUGGGGACCACUUUGAGUGGAAUAAGGUGACGUCCUGCAUUCACAACAUUCUGAGCGGCCAGCGCUGGAUCGAGCACUAUGGGGAGGUGCUCAUCCGGAACACGCAGGACAGCUCCUGUCACUGCAAGAUCACCUUCUGCAAGGCCAAGUACUGGAGCUCCAACGUCCACGAGGUGCAGGGGGCUGUGUUCAGCCGGAGCGGCCGUGUCCUCCACCGACUCUCCGGGAAGUGGCACGAGGGGCUAUACCGGGGAUCCCUGCCCGGCGGUCAGUGCAUCUGGAAACCCAACUCCAUGCCCCCGGACCACGAGCGAAACUUCGGCUUCACUCAGUUUGCCUUGGAGCUGAAUGAGCUGACGGCAGAGCUGAAACGGUCACUGCCUUCCACGGACACGCGGCUCCGGCCAGACCAGAGGUACUUGGAGGAGGGAAACAUACAGGCCGCUGAAGCCCAGAAGAGAAGGAUCGAGCAGCUUCAGCGGGACAGGCGCAGAGUGAUGGAGGAGAACAACAUCGUCCACCAGGCUCGCUUCUUCAGGCGGCAGACAGACAGCAGUGGGAAGGAGUGGUGGGUGACCAACAACACGUACUGGAGGCUGCGGGCCGAGCCAGGAUACGGGAACCUGGAUGGGGCCGUGCUCUGGUAGCCCUGGCCCUCGGGGGGCAGGAGGCUCAGGUUCCUCCCUCCUGCCUCUACCUCCCACGGACACACGGGUGAGGCCAGGCUUCCCCACUCACCGCCCUGGAGACCAAGGGGGCAGCCCUGGCUUUGUCCCCUCUGCCGGCCAGAGGGGCUGCAUCCCGGCCCACCGCCCACCCCCUGUUUGGGGUGGGAAGCAGGAUUCG